AUGACAGCGAAUACUCAACAAGACCCAUUCGGUCAACUCCCCGAGGAGCUCAGGCUGCAGAUCAUCAAACUCUCUCCGAACCCUUUUUCCCUACGGAACCUGGCCCACGCGUCGCCCGCUAUGGGCAGAGUGCUCGACAGAUAUCCGCUCGAAAUUUUGGAAGAGGUCCUGGAGGCUACCGUUCCCUUGCGGACGCGUCGCCUGAUGGACGCGGUUCUCAAAGCACGGUUUUCAGACUUCUUCGCAUCCAUGCCCGAGGCCCAAACUAUUGCUGAAGCUGACUGGGUUUUCGCCACCGAAAACAUACAUUCGUCUGGACGAGACGAAGCUGCCGCGGCACUAAGGCCCUCUACACUCAUCAAAUUGGGCCGGGGGCCUGGCCGUACACACCAAGAGGAAUUCGAAAACGCCGAGAGUCAAAAGGACUAUAUUCCACAGGAGACCGGACCGCCCUCGUGGGUGGAGGAGCAGCGCAUGAUGAAAACAUUCUGGCGACUGCAGUUCUUGCUGGAACUCCAGGGCGCCGGUCAUAAGGGCCGCCUGGAUGCCAUCUGGUCGAGUCAGGAAAUUGACGCGUUGUCCCAGAGCAGCGCGGAUGACUUUUACGAUAUAAUGGGGCAUGCGGAACCCCAGGAAAAGUCAUUGGGGUCUUAA